UAUACCUGUAUACUGCCGACGCCAUUGUUUCGUCCCCGAAACGAGAAAAUUAAGAAUAAGGAAUUAAAUCCAAAUAUAUAUUUUAUAUAAGUUAUUUGUAUGUUUUAAAUUUCACUCAUAUAUUAUUUAAGUUUAAAUACAAUUUAAUAUACUCUUCGUUCGUCGUAACACGUUCCGUCAAACUGGAAAAUUCCGUCAAUAUUAAACGUGUAUUUUUUGUAAACAUGCCUAAACGUGGAGGAAGGAUUAGAAAUUGGAAACCUAAUGAACACUUUGAACACGAUGACCGUAUUCAAAGUAAUAACACAAGGCGUGUUAGUUUUAAACCUGGAACUAACAAAGGUAAAAACAAAUUCAAUUCAUGGAAUAAUGCAUCGCAUCUUUUGUUGGAUGGUGAUAUUGACAUGGGAGCAACCGCCGGCCAGGGUCCAAACAGAAAAGGUUUUCGUGGCAGAGGAAGACUCAGCUCACCUGCACCGAGACCAGCUUCAAAGAAAAAGUUUUUACCUGGCCUGUUACCUUGGUAUCAGAUAAUAAUACCAUAUGGAGCAAAACAUGACAAAGAUGUCGUUCUACGAGCACUGCUGGGCUUUAUCUCACCGGAAGUAUUCAUUCCACAUUACUACAAAAUAAAUGGAAAUGCAGCAGUGUUCUAUGUUGAUGAUGUUAAAAUAGCAGAGAAACUGUUCUAUGCAGACCGAAAAAUAGCUAUGUCCGAUGGAUUCAAGCUUGUCGUAAUUGUGAGGAAUUCUGUACCAAACAUUAAUGUUGAUGCCGGUAUGAAGGAGAAAAUGAAGCUUGCUAUGGCAAAAAGAUAUAAUCCUGCAACCAAAGCUUUGGAUUUGACAAAAUUUCAUUCUGAUCCAGAUUUAAGCGAUAUAUUCUGUGCGCUGUUCCGUCCAGUAAUCAUGUUGGCAGCAAUUGAGAUCAUGGCAGAAAAUAUUCCUGAUUUGGAAGCUUUAAACUUAAAUGAUAAUAAGCUUCAUGGAAUUGAACACAUGAAGAUUUUGUCCACAAAAUUAAAAAAUCUUAAAAUCUUGUACUUGGGUGACAACAGGAUACCAUACCUAGGUUCCAUCGACCCCUUGAAGCCGCUUCAGCUCGUGGAGUUGUACCUUAAAGGAAAUCCUCUGGUGAACAGGUUCAAUGACCAUGAUAUUUAUGUCAGCGACGUCCGGAAGAAAUUUCCAAAACUGGUGAGAUUGGAUGGCGUGGAUCUUCCUCCAGCGAUCGGCUUCGACGUAUCAGAAGAUGUGACGCUUCCUCCGAGUCAGCAAUCGUUCCUUAUAGACCCUGCUGGCCAGGACCUGGUCAGAGAGUUCCUAACACAGUAUUUUGCUAUAUUUGACUCAGAGUCAAGGCAACCGUUAUUGGAAGCCUACCAUGAGACUGCUACGAUGUCCAUGGCAGCAAACUAUCUCAGCAAUGAUAACAGAAAUGCACCUACUAAUAGAUUGAACGCAUACAUAUCAAACAGUCGAAAUUUAGUAAGAAUAACAGAAAGAGAAUCAAGAAGAAGAUAUUUACGCACGGGGAGAUUGCAAGUCGUCUCAUUCCUCUCAGAUCUGCCCAAAACUAAACAUGAUUUAAUGAGUUUUGCAGUGGAUUUACUCGUUUUCACGCCAGCGAUGAUAGUUCUUACAAUGAAUGGAGUGUAUAAAGAGACAACUGUAGCCGGCAACCCUUCACGAUCCUUCCACCGGACAUUUGUCAUAGUACCCAACAGUGCUGGAGGCUUCUCUAUCACAAAUGACAUGCUCUUUAUCUCUAACACUACAAGGGAACAGGAGGAUACGUCGAGUUCCUCAGCGGUGGGUGUGGCCGGGCCCGGCCCCGCCUCCGCGCCUGCUCCCGCCCCCGCGCCCGCUCAUGACGAAACGCAGCGAGCCAUUCUGGCCACUCUGAGCCAGCACACGGGCAUGAACGAGCACUGGAGCAUCAAUUGUUUACAAGAAACUGGUUGGGACUAUCAGCGAGCAUUGUUCAUCUUUAACCAACUACAAUCAGAAGGCAAAAUACCACCUGAGGCCUUUGUGAAGUGAACAAAUUGACUUUAUCUGGGCAGUGCCUUUGUUAAAAAAAACUAUUUUAUAAAUUCAAUCAAAAUAUUCUUGUUUUGAUUAAGAUUAAGAAGACAGAAGAGGAACAACAUGUAAAGAGUCUAAAAUAAAAAAAAAAGAUUAAAAACCGCCAAAAAAAUAAAUGGCUGGUAAAAUUAAUAAAAAAAAACUAAUAAUAUUUCCGAAAUUAAUAUCUCAAAAAUUUUGGUAUGAGUGAAUUAUUGACAGUAAA